AUGUCAAAUAGAAUGCAAUAUGCGAAUAAUCCUGUAAAAGGAUUUCAAAAAAUUUAUAAACAGUUUUUUCCUCAAGGCGAUCCAUCGGAUUUCGCGUCGUUCGUAUUUAAAGUAUUUGAUGAAAAUAAGGUCUACCAUGAAGAUGGAGCUAUCGAGUUUCACGAAUUCAUAAGGGCAUUAUCAAUAACUUCUCGAGGGAAUCUCGAUGAAAAAUUACACUGGGCUUUUAAACUAUACGAUCUUGAUAACGAUGGUUUUAUCACACGUGAUGAGAUGCUUUCAAUUGUGGGAAGUAUUUAUAAAAUGGUCGGUUCAACAGUUAAAUUGCCCGAAGAUGAGAAUACACCUGAAAAGCGAGUUGAUCGAAUUUUUCGAAUGAUGGAUAAGAACAAUGAUGCUCAGCUGACCUUAGAAGAAUUUAAAGAAGGUGCGAAAGCUGAUCCAUCAAUCGUGCAUGCCCUAUCUUUGUACGAAGGACUUUCUUCAUGA